UUCGUGGGGCCUGCCGGGAGGCGCUGGGUCCGGGGCCGCCGCUCUGCCGAUCCUCCGCCCACCCCUCUGCCGGUGUGCCGCGGUGCGCGCCGGGAAGCGCAGGAGCAGAUGCGGAGCACGCCAUGCUGAAGUCGCGGACCUUCCUCAAGCGCACUCGGGCGGGUGCCGUCGUGAAGGUUGUGCGCGAACACUACCUACGCGACGAUAUCCCCUGCGGCGCCGACGCCUGCCGCCUCUGCCCCCCGCGCUCCGCCGGGCCCGGCGCCGGUCUCGAGGCGCAGCCCAGCGGCGCUGCCAGCAGCCUCUGCCCUGGGCCGCACUAUCUCCUUCUCGACACCAACCUCCUCCUUCAUCAGAUUGAUAUACUUGAAGAUCCUGUUAUUAAGAAUGUCAUUAUACUACAGACAGUCUUACAAGAAGUUAAGAAUCGGAGUGCACCAGUAUACAAGAGAAUUAGGGACGUGAUUCAAACCCCUGAAAAACAUUUUUAUUCUUUCACCAAUGAACAUCAUAGAGAAACGUACAUAGAGCAAAAGCAAGGAGAAUCUUCUAACGACCGGAAUGACAGAGCUAUCCGGGUGGCCGUAAAAUGGUAUAAUGAACACUUGAAGGAAAUAGAGGAUGAGAAGAAGAUUCAAGUCAUCUUUUUAACAAAUGACAGAAGUAAUAAGGAGAAAGCUCUAGAGGAAGGCAUAAUUGCUUAUACAUGUGAGGAGUAUAUAAAAAGCUUGACAGCUCAUCCUGAUCUUGUAGAUCGCCUUGCUUGUGUAUCUGAUGAAGGGAAAGAAAUAGAAAGUGGAAAAAUAAUUUUCCCAGAACAUAUUCCUCUUAGCAAAUUGCAGCAAGGAAUAAAAUCUGGUGUUUACCUCCAAGGUACUUACAGGGCAAGCAGAGACAAUUAUCUUGAAGCUACUGUUUGGGUUCAUGGAGAUGCAGAGGAAAACAAAGAGAUAAUUAUACAGGGACUGAAACAUUUAAACCGAGCAGUUCAUGAAGAUAUUGUAGCUGUGGAGCUGUUGGCAAAAGAUGAGUGGGUGGCACCAUCCUCAGUGGUCUUGCAAGAUGAUGGCCAGAAUGAAGAUGACAUUGAAGAGGAGAAAGAAAACAUUCUGAAGUCUGCUGUUAAUAAGGACAUGCGGAGACCUACUGGAAAAGUAGUGGGCAUUAUAAAGCGAAACUGGAGACCGUUUUGUGGCAUGCUUUCCAAAUCAGAAAUCAAAGAGGCCAGGCGCCAUUUGUUUACACCGGCUGAUCGCAGAAUUCCUCGCAUUCGAAUAGAAACAAGACAAGCAGAUACAUUGGAAGGACAAAGAAUAAUUGUUGCUAUUGAUGGUUGGCCCAGGAACUCCAGAUAUCCUAAUGGUCAUUUUGUAAAGAGCUUGGGAAAUGCUGGAGAUAAGGAGACAGAGACAGAAGUUCUUCUGCUUGAACAUGAUGUGCCUCAUCAGCCUUUUUCCCAGAAUGUCCUUAGUUUUCUACCAAAAAUGCCAUGGAGCAUUACAGAACAGGAUAUGAAAUGUAGGGAAGACUUAAGGCAUCUGUGUGUUUGUAGUGUUGAUCCUCCUGGCUGCACGGACAUAGAUGAUGCAUUACAUUGUAGAGAACUGGAAAAUGGAAAUAUAGAGGUUGGUGUACAUAUUGCUGAUGUCAGCCAUUUUAUUCGCCCAGGAAAUGCUUUGGAUGAGGAAUCAGCAAAAAGAGGAACUACUGUCUAUCUCUGUGAAAAAAGGAUUGAUAUGGUUCCAGAGUUACUUAGUUCCAAUUUGUGCUCCCUGAGAUCUAAUGUGGACAGGCUUGCAUUUUCAUGUAUAUGGGAAAUGAACCACAAGGCUGAGAUCCUAAAAACCAGAUUUACCAAGAGUAUUAUUAAUUCCAAGGCUUCUCUUACGUAUGCUGAAGCGCAGAUGAGAAUUGAUUCAGCCACUAUGAAUGACGAUAUUACUACCAGCCUACGGGGGCUAAACAAAUUAGCUAAAAUACUGAAGAAGAAAAGAAUUGAUAAGGGAGCCUUGACACUUUCCUCCCCAGAGGUCCGUUUUCACAUGGACAGUGAAACUCAUGAUCCCAUCGAUCUGCAGACUAAGGAACUCAAAGAAACAAAUUCCAUGGUCGAAGAGUUCAUGUUGCUUGCCAAUGUCUCUGUAGCACAAAAAAUUUAUGAGGAGUUCCCAGAGUUUGCCUUGCUCCGGAAACAUCCUGCUCCUCCCCCAUCAAAUUAUGACAUCCUCGUGAAGGCUGCAAAGUCCAAGCAUUUGGAAAUUAAGACAGAUUGCGCGAAGGCUUUGGCUGAAUCGUUAGACAAAGCUGAAUCUCCUACGUUCCCUUAUCUAAAUACGCUGCUGCGAAUUUUGACCACUCGCUGCAUGAUGCAAGCUGUUUAUUUCUGCUCUGGAAUGGAUAAUGAUUUUCAUCACUAUGGUUUAGCUUCACCUAUUUAUACCCACUUUACCUCACCUAUUAGAAGGUACGCUGACAUUAUAGUACACCGGCUUUUGGCAGUGGCUGUAGGAGCAGACAUUACUUACCCGGAGCUGACAGAUAAGCACAAGCUAGCAGAUAUCUGCAAAAACCUCAAUUAUCGACAUAAAAUGGCUCAGUAUGCACAGAGGGCAUCUGUUGCUUUCCACACACAGCUCUUCUUCAAAACCAAAGGAGUGAUGAAUGAAGAUGCAUAUAUAUUAUUUGUAAGGAAAAAUGCAGUUGUGGUUCUGAUUCCCAAGUAUGGUUUAGAAGGAACAGUCUUCUUUGAAGAGAAAGAUAAACCAGCACCAAGACUGGAUUACGAUCCUGAGGAACCAUCCCUUACUGUGGAAGAUACGACGUUACAUGUAUUUGAUAAAGUUCAAGUGAAUGUUAUGUUAGAUGCUUCCAACAUCCAACAUCAGAAAAUUCGGAUGGUGUUGGUAGAACCGAAGAUACUAGGAAAUGAUGGGCCUGCAGACAGAAGCAGCAAGAGUGAACCAGAGAAAAAGAAGAAGAAGCUACAGAAAUAGCUGGAUACAAAAAAUAAUAGGAAGUCAGGUGUGAAUGUUUUGUAUUUAUGUAUUUUUCCAUACAGACAAAAUGCUUGAAAGUUUACUUUAAAAAUUGAAUUUUAACCCAUUGGAAUACUGCCUUUUUAAAAAAAAAAAAACACAAUGUUUUUUAUGGCUAUACAGAUGCAGGAGAAUUACAUUUUUUAUACCAUGUAUGUAUUUAGUUUUGGCCUCUGGGUAAAAAUAAAUGCUUCUACAAAGUGAA